AUGCGUGCGACUUUCUUUGUUCUCAGACGCGACGCAAAUGCAAUGAUUGACUCACAAAUAGGAAGGAAACGAGCGACGGUGGAUAUAACGACUUUCAUUAUCUAUCUAUCUAUCUAUCUAUCUAUCUAUCUAUCUAUCUAUCUAUCCCAAUAUGUUUAUUACCUAUGUAUCUAUCUAUUUAAUUUGGUUGUUCUAUCUGUUUAUAUCUAUCUAUCUAUCUAUCUAUCUAUCUGUGUUUUGUCAGUUUGGUCAUAUCUAUCUAUUUCAGUCUGUUCAUAUCUAUCAAUCUAUCUAUCUAUCUAUGAUAGUCUUUCUGUUCAUUAUCUAUCUAUCUAUCUAUCUAUCUAUCUAGCCUUUCUGUUCAUUAUCUAUCUAUCUAUCUAUCUAUCUAUCUAUCUAUCUAUCUAUCUAUCUAUCUAUCUAGCCUUUCUGUUCAUUAUCUAUCUAUCUAUCUAUCUUUUUAUCUAUCUAUUAAUACCACCGGGAUCAUUUUUAUCCUUUGAGAAAUUUAUGAAUCAUAUCCAGCAAUUAUGCGCACGGAACUCGUUGAUGGCGCUAACAUACAUGAUUCAUCUUUAUCUAUCUAUCUAUCUAUCUAUCUAUCUAGCCUUUCUGUUCAUUAUCUAUCUAUCUAUCUAUCUAUCUAUCUAUCUAUUUAUUAAUACCACCGGGAUAAUUUUUAUCUUUUGA